AAAGCGCGCUGCCGGUGUGUCGCCUCCACGCUUCGUUGCUGGUGCACGCUGUUCUCUUCAAAGUUUUCAAUGAGUGCAAGUCUUGCUCUUGGAUAAUGGUUACCUCCUGCUUUGCCUACGGAUGCACAAACAGGCUGAAGAAAGGUUCUGGCCUCACAUUUCACCUGUUUCCAAAGAAUGCAGAAGUUCGGAGUCUUUGGGAGCGGGCAGUUCGCCGUGAAGGGUGGCGCGCUAAGGAUGGAGACCGCCUGUGCUCUGUACAUUUCAGUCCUGAGUGCUUUGACCGCACUGGGCAAACGACGCGACUGCGGGUGGGAAGUGUGCCCACGUCGUUUCCAGCUAUUCCGCCUCAUCUGCAGAAACCUGUCAAACAGAAGCGUCCCGACCCCAAGUCUCGAGAUUUCCUGGCCCCGCCUGGUCCUGAGUGUUCUGGGUUGUGCGACCUGCCUGGAGCUGAAAAUUUUCCUGAAGACUCGCCAACCAAACUGUUCUACAAAGACAAGGUCCUUUCCUCACAAGAAGAGAUAACCCAGUUGAAGAAGGUCAAAACACUGCAACAAACUAAACGAAGGCUGGUCAAGAGAAAUGAAACCGCCCAAGAAAUCAUCAAAGAAAUCGGAGAGCAAAAACUCUUGUCAGAAGAAGGCUCACAUGUGUUUUCAUCUGUUUUCUCGGAUGACAUUCAGCAACUACUUUGCAGGGUGGGCAAUGAGCAGAAGGGCAAGUACCCACCUGAGCUGCGAGCAUUUGCACUGACUGCAUUUUUACAGUCCAGCCACGUACGAGUAUGUACGAUCCAAAUUCAACGAAGCCCUCCCAUCCCAGCGAACACUAAGGGGCUAGUACAAGUCGAUUCAAGGAGCUCCUGGCUUCACAGCCGAAGCAUUUGCUUUCCUUGAGAAGUUUGCGGAAGCACGUGAUGAACCCUUCUACUGCGCUCUCAUUGUAGACGACAUGGCCAUCAGGAAACACGUAGAGCUAGUUGGAGAUAAGGUAGUAGGGUAUGUUGACUUCGGAACUGGGCUUGACGAUGACGGUCUUCCUGAAGCUGCAAAUGCGUGUGUCUUCAUGAUCGUUGGAAUCAACGUCAGAUUUAAGAUGCCAGUUGGAUACUUCUUAAUAGACUCACUCACAGGAGCAGAGAGGGCCGAGCUGGCCAAACAGUGCAUUGAGAAGCUUGCGUCGGUGAAGGCUGAAGUAGUCUCUCUCACAUUUGACGGAGCCUCAUCGAAUUUCACUAUGGCCAGGUGUUUAGGUGCUCAACUUCAUGUUGACUGUGAGCAAAUUUCUUCAAGCUUUGUGAACCCAGCUGACGAUGCUAAGAAUGUUUACAUUAUCCUAGACGCCUGCCACAUGAUUAAGCUUAUUCGCAAUUCCUUGGCGAACUUGAGCUACAUUGUUGAUGCUGAAGGAAAGCACAUAAAGUGGGCCUACAUAGUGGCAUUGGAGGCAUUGCAGCGUUCCGAAGGACUGCGGCUGGGCAACAAACUCACGAAAGUCCACGUGCAAUGGGAAAAACAAAAGAUGAAGGUGCGAUAUGCUGCGCAAGCAUUGAGUUCCUCUGUGGCUGACGCCUUGGACUUCUGUGAAAAUGUGCUGAAGCUACCCCAGUUCCGGGGCGCCAGUGCAACAUCGAAGUUCGUGAGGGUCUUCGAUCACCUGUUCGACCUUUUUAAUUCUAGGAACCCUUUUGCAAGGUCGUACAAGGCUCCUCUGCGGAAGCAGAAUGAAGCCUGCUAGAAGCCAUUCUUUGCCUACACCCAAGCGUAUAUAAAGGGAUUGAGAGAUCCGGCUGGGCGGCCAGUUUUAGAAGGCUUGAAAAAAACUGGUUUUGUGGGCUUCUUGAUCUGCAUGGCGAGCACUGAAAAAAUGUUCGACGAGCUUGUUGGCCAGGGUAAGCUGAAGUACUUGUUGACGCACAAACUGAGCCAGGAUCACGCUGAGAACUUCUUCGGAUCUGUUCGUGGCCGAGGUAAGUAUAACAACAACCCAACCGCUGCUCAGUUCAUGGCAGCAUAAAAGCGUUUGCUGGUGCAAACAUACGUCACUUCUGUUUGCACCAGCAAACAGAAGUGACGUCUUCUAGCUCGGGAAACUGCACCAAAGACAUGGUUUCCAUCCUGAAUGCCACUACUGUUGUCGCCCAGGUAGACGCAACAAGCGCGCUCACAGACAUGCGCAGGUCCUCGAUCUUGGAGCCUCACGAUGACCACGACUACACGCAUCCUGAAAACCUUUCUGCCGUAGUUGUUGCGGUGGUGCCUUAUAUCGCAGGCUUCGUUGUACGCCAAGUGUGCGAGACAACAACAUGCGAAGAGUGCAUUGCAGCCCUGUACUCAGAUGAGCUAGUUCCCCUAGUUGAGCAGAAAAACAGAGGUGGGCUUGUGUCCCCGUCCAAGGAUGUCAUUGGCUUGUGUGAAGCCGUUGAAAAGGGGCUGCGACGGCAACAGAUUGAGUGUGGAACACUUCAAGCAGUUAACUCCCAGUCAAAGCAUCUCGUUUUGGAAGUGCUACGACUGUCUGUAGAGGAAAAAUGGUUUCAGAAGCUAGAGCAGCACAUUCUUGACCUUGAUCCCCUCGACAAUCAUAUCUACAGCUUGUGCAAAAAAGUUGCGGAGCUGUAUGUGAAAAUCCGCAUCCACCAUAUGACAAAAGAAAGAAACCGCGAGAUCAUCAAGGAAAGGGUCAGGCCAGUUCUUUCAAGAAUGAUCAUUUUCAAACAUCAGUGAGUCUCCCCGCACUGCUCGUUUCGGCUAUACUGUUCGCAUAUAUUUUUAAUGUUUGUGUGAUUGUGUUUUUUCUGCCAUUUUCGAGUUUCUCAAAGCGUUAUCGUAGGCCAUUUGCCACCAAAAAGCAAAGAAUAAAUGCUUACAACCUGA